AUGCAUAUUCCCGAGUGCUUAAUGAGACUUGGAAAGUGGAGAGAAGCCUAUCAAUUUAUGAAGAAAAAGAAGGAACUAUUGGAAUUGAGUUCUUCUAAAGUAUUGUUGUGGAGCUUUGCAUUGUGUGAUUUUGUUCUAGAGCGUAGAACUCCAAAUCACUAUUCCGGUGAGGACAUAAUCAAGUAUGCCGAAACUUACCAUAACGAUCAACUUGCACACAUAAAACUCGCUAAGGCUCGAAUUUCAAAAACAUUAACUUUUACUGCAAAUAAAGAUCUCUUUACCUCAGUCAAGAAGAAUGGUUUUGUCAAAUCAUUGACUGGAAAAUUUGUUGCAACCGUUUGUGACGGCUAUGGAAUUUUCCGUUUGUGUCGAGUGGAUCGAGUUCAGCAAGAAUUUAAGGUCACUGGUAUCCUGUUCAAUGCCUACACCCAAGUCGUACGUGAUACUCUUUGUGGAGCAUUUGAUUCUGCCAACCAUUGUGAAAAUUUCCUCAAAAAUUAUUUCAGAGGUACCACUGCACCUCGACCUUACAAGACCAAAUAUCCAGAUCAACCUUAUACUUCAUUAUCCUUCAUUCCUGACUCUAUUGCACUUGAUAUUUUUGGUGCUUGCAUUGCAGAGACAAAGAAAAUUAGAAUGUUGAAUCAUGAAGAGUCAUCCAUUUUGGAAGAUUGGAAAAAACAAUUCAAUCGUCCAAAUCUUGGAUCUCCAAUGAGUAACACUACUUGUCUGCAAGAUGUAUUGCAAAAAUAUCUUUCAGAUCUUUCAAGCAACAACAACACUGAAAACACAUACAAUUUCAAAUUUUACAGAGAAAUGUUAUGUACUCCCUUCUUCCACAACUUUUAUUUUGCUGUUGGUGAUCAACUUGAAUUUGGAUUUAUGCCACCCUUCGAAACAGUACAUACUGAAAUAUCAAAUAUUCACGAUAUGGUUCCAAUACCAAAGAAUGGAGUCAUGGAUUGGAUUGCUUGCAUGUGUGAAGUAAUUGAUCAUGUGGAUGAAGCCAAGAAAUUCCUCACCAAUAUUUUCACUUACUCGGCUUAUUAUUUGAAACUUUAUGGAGCUCACUCUAUUGCCAAUGACAUGUACUCUAAAAUUCAACAAUGGCGUCAAAACAAAUUGAAAGCCAUUGAUUUACCAUUUGUGAGAGCUUUUGUGGAACGAACAUAUUAUUACAAUGGUCAAGAAAUGCUACUCGAUGGAAUGGUUGUAGCUCUGUUCAAAAAAUAUGGAUUGGAACAUGCGAUCAGUACCAUUCUAGAAAAUUCGAGAAGUCGUUUACCAGCUCGUCUCGUUCCUAGAAAUGAAGUAUUUACAGAAUUAUCGAGUAUGCUUGCGAGAUGGCUCGUUCGUAGAAAAUCAAAAGGUAAAAAGCCUCCAAGCAUUCAAACUUAUUUCACAAAGGUGAUUCCAAAAAUCAAUGCUCAUCCAGAAAUGGGAGAACCAGCUGGAACAUUGUUGGUGAGCAUGUCACAAAUGAAAUUACUCACUUUUGUGUCGAGCGUUUGGGAUCAAAUUAGUGCAAAAAGUUUAACAAAAGCAGAGCCAACGAAUUUCGAAGAAAUGGACAAACUUCGAAUGGAACAUUUGCAAAAAGAGAAGGAACAAUAUUUGAAGACUGUUGAAAAAGAAAAGAAGGACAUCACUACAACCGAAGCCAAGACGACCCCAAGUGACACUAGUUCUUCGCAACAAGAGCAAGCAACAUCCACACCAGAAACAACUCCACUGCCCAGCACACUUUCGGCCAAUGCUCCACCACAACCGCAAAAACAAGCAUCCAAUGUGAAAUGUUGUGCAGCAUGUGGCAAACCAAACGCCACAAAGCGAUGUGGAGGUUGUCACAGCGUUGUAUAUUGCUCGAAGGAAUGUCAAGUAUCUCAUUGGAAAACUCACAAAGUUGAUUGCAAGAAAGCAAGUUCAAAAUAA